AUGGAAAGAAUUGAUGAAAAUGGAGAUUUCGUCGAAGAUGGUAGUAUCAAAGUCAAAUGCGUUGAUAACUACCAAGGUGAAGAAAAUCAUGUCAUUAUUUUGUGUUUGACAAGAUCCAAAUUGUCUCCUUUUGUUGGCGAGUUUAGCAGAGUUUAUGUUUCCAUUUCCAGAGCCAAGUCAUAUAUGGUUGUUUUAGGAAACAAGAAUCUUUUCGAUCAAUCGGAAACGAAGAACGGAUUAUGGCCAGAAAUCUACAAUCUCAUGAAGCAGAAAUACAAUGAAUUUGGAGAAGGAAUCAUUGUCAAUCGCUUCCUCAAAUCAAUAGAAAAUGAAAAUGACGCUGUUGUUUUAAAGAAUUCCAAUGAUUUAUGGGAUUUCAGAUUUGAUGUUGAAGAAAAGAAAUGCAAUCAUAUUUUAGACUGCGGCCAUCAGUGCCCUCUCAAGUGGAGCCACAAUGAUAAUAUCCACAAGCUCAUUCAUUGCUAUGAAACAUGUCUACACAAAUGCGAGGAUUGUGGUGCUCAAUGCCAAACACCAUGUUUUGGAUGCAAACACAUUUGCUACAACAUAAUUGAUUUUGAAAUGCCUUAUUGCCAUCAUAUUAAUAAAUUUGAAUGUAGUAUUGUUCAUUCUCAUCCUGAAACUCUUAAGUGUCAGCAUCCUUGUGAACAUAAAUGUUCCAAACACAAUGAACCAUGCAGAUUCCUUUGUGGUCACAACUUCACUCUCCAAAUUCCUAAGGAGAUGAUCUAUCUACUCACAAAGAGAACUCGUUCUUUACUUGAUGAAUUAAAUGAGUUUCAUGUUUCGGAUUCUUAUAAUGAUUCAUCUGAUGACAGCAGUGAUUCAAAUGCCCUGGCACGCUUCAUUAAUCUUCAUAAUGGUGAGGACAAAGAAGACCAUCAUUAUCUUCGUCAUUUUUGCAACAAAGAAAUUUCUGAGAAAUGUCCAAUUUGCGGAAGCACAAUGAAAGGAAAAUGCGGUGACAGGUUGAUUUGCACUGCUCCAUGUUCUCAUAUAUUGGAAUGUGGCCAUCAAUGUCCAGGAACAUGCAAUGAUUGUUGCAGAAAUGGCCACAAGGAAUGCAAUAAGGAAUGUACUUUUAUCUUCCCAUUCUGCGAUCAUAAAUGCGAAGAAUUGUGUAAAACAAGAGUUGAUCAUGAUCACAUUCAUUGUCCAGAAUGCAAGAGAUUGAGAGAAGGAAACAAUGCACCAAGAAGCUCUCUUUCGGAUUUGCCAUCAGGCACUUAUGAAAUGAGGAGAUGCCACAAGACAUGUCCUAAUUGCCAUCACCAAUGUCUUACACCGGAAGGAGAACUUUGUCUCUUUGAUUGCGAACACAACAGAGCAAAGAAGAAACAUUUCGAUUUGAAGAGAGGUGAAUUCUACUUCAGGUUUGAUUGCGGCCAUUUCGUUAAAAUGGCCAAAGCCAAAGCAGAUAUUCGCAAGCAACUUGAUGAAAUCUUCAACAAGAAUUGGGUUGAAGGAACAACACCAAAUCCUUUGCAAGAACUCCACUGUCCAAUGUGCAAUCAAGGAAGAAUUUCACCUAAUUCUCAGUGCUUCAAAAACGAAUUGGAUGAGAUCAACAAAUUCAUGGAAAGAUACAAAGCCAUGGGCCAAAAGGAUAAUGGUGUUAAGCCAUUCAUUUGUCCAAAAUGCAAAGUUUUAGUCGGAGCCAAAAAAUGCGCUAAGUGUCAGACAACUUUCCCAAUUGGAUAA